UGUCAUCUCUCUUUCCCUUUCUUUGAAAACAACGGCGGAGACAUAAACACUCAACACGUUUUUAGUUUUCUCUGCCUUCCACCCCCUCUCCUCCUCCUGCACCCCUCCGCCCUUUUCCUUGUUUCGUUUUUCAUAUACAUAGAGAGACAAGGUACUUACCUUGAUUCCUCCCUUUCUUUUCUCUUUGUUUCUUCCUUAGCUGUAAACUCACAAGAACUCCUUUCUUAUAUUUGGUUGUUUCUUUUGCUUCUUGCUCUUGUUUUUGCUUUCUGUCAAACCAGGGGCCGGUUUUUGGUCUAUUAUUACCUCUCAUUUUUUAAAUAUUGGGUUUUGGUUUUGUGGGCCAAUAGAGUACGAAGGUUCCUACUUGGGAUCGUUACUCUCUGAUGGAAAUGUGUUACUGAGGAGAUUUCUGCUUUUUUUGGUCUAUCUUUCUCUGUAUAUGAACCAUCUACUACUCCUUUGCAUGUUUGAGGGUAAAGAAGAUCUGGAAGUGAGCUUGCUUUGCAGGUGAUCGGAAUGAAAGAUGCUGAUGUUUAAUUUUUAGAUGAAGGCAGCUGUUCUGCAACUUCCGUGAAAGAUUUAAUCUUUAUCCCACAUAUGUAUUGAAAUAGCAGGUGCAGCCUUAUUGUUCACAAUGUUAAAACCUUUAGCUCUUAGGCUGCUGUUGCUUUCUUUACUCUUGAUAUCAGUAUCUGCAAAUGACAAUGGCUUUCCCCGGUGUAAUUGUGACGAUGAGGGCAGUUUAUGGAGCAUAGAGAACAUUUUAGAUUGCCAAAGAGUGAGCGAUUUCUUGAUUGCCGUGGCCUAUUUCUCGAUCCCUAUUGAGCUGCUAUACUUUGUUAGCUGCACAAAUGUCCCGUUCAAAUGGGUCCUAUUUGAAUUCAUUGCCUUCAUUGUACUUUGUGGAUUGACCCAUUUGCUCAAUGGCUGGACCUAUGGCCCUCAUCCAUUUCAGCUCAUGCUUGCCCUCACUGUCUUCAAGAUUUUAACUGCUUUGGUUUCUUGUGCCACUGCCAUUACUCUCUUCACCCUCAUUCCUUUACUUCUCAAAGUGAAGGUAAGAGAAUUCAUGUUGAAGAAAAAGGCAUGGGAUCUUGGCCGUGAAGUUGGGAUUAUAAUGAAGCAGAAAGAAGCUGGACUGCAUGUUCGUAUGCUUACUCAAGAGAUUCGAAAAUCGCUUGAUAGGCAUACUAUUCUUUAUACAACCCUUGUUGAGCUAUCUAAGACACUGGGGUUGCAGAAUUGCGCAGUGUGGAUGCCUAAUGAGAUCAGAACAGAGAUGAAUUUGACCCAUGAGUUGAAUGGGGGUAAUUAUUCAAGUAUGGAUAAUUGUUCAAUACCAAUUACUGAUCCUGAUGUUGCUAGGAUUAAAGGGAGUGAUGGAGUGAACAUACUUAGGCCUGAUUCAGCACUUGCUGCUGCAAGCAGUGGAGACCCUGGUGAGCCAGGGCCUAUUGCUGCAAUUCGAAUGCCAAUGCUUCAUGUUUGCAAUUUCAAAGGGGGAACUCCUGAGAUAAUUCAGGCUUGUUAUGCAAUAUUGGUGCUUGUUCUUCCAGGGGGACAACCUAGAUCUUGGACCAACCAAGAAUUAGAGAUAAUUAAAGUGGUAGCUGAUCAGGUGGCUGUGGCUGUCUCCCAUGCUGCAGUUCUGGAAGAGUCCCAGCUCAUGAGGGAGAAGUUGGAGGAGCAAAACCGAGCCUUGCAACAGGCAAAAAUGAAUGCAAUGAUGGCAAGCCAGGCUAGGACAGCAUUUCAGAAGGUAAUGAGUGAUGGUAUGAAGAGACCUAUGCACUCUAUUUUAGGCCUGAUUUCAAUGAUACAGGAUGGUAGGCUCAGUAGUGAGCAACAGAUCCUUGUUGAUGCAAUGAUGAAGACUAGCAAUGUCCUAGCAACAUUGAUAAAUGAUGUGAUGGAGAUUUCAACAAAGGAUAGUGGAAGGUUUCCAUUGGAGGUGAGAUCUUUCCGGUUACAUGCCACUAUCAAAGAGGCUGCUUGCCUUGCCAAGUGCUUAUGUGUUUAUAGGGGCUUUGGUUUUUCAAUCGAGGUUGACAAAUGCUUGCCUGAUCAUGUAAUGGGUGAUGAGAGGAGAGUUUUUCAAGUGAUUUUGCAUAUGGUUGGUAACCUGCUGGAUGGCAAUAACAUAAGAGGAUCUGUGGUACUUAGGUUUUUCUUGGAGAAUGGAAGUCAGGAAAGGAAUGAUCAUAAAUGGGCAGCUUGGAGAUCUAGCACGACUGAUGGAGAUGUAUAUAUCAGAUUUGAAAUCACAAUGAACAAUGAUGGUUUUGAAUCAGAGGGUUCAAGUUCAGUCAUGCAGCUUGGUGGUAGGACGUAUGCCAGUGAUGGAAUUGAUGAGGGCUUGAGCUUCAGUGUUUGCAAAAAGCUGGUCCAGUUGAUGCAUGGUAAGAUCUGGUUAGUCCCUAACUCUCGAGGUUUUCCUCAAAGCAUGGGGCUAGUUCUUCGGUUUCAACUUCGGCCAUCCAUUUCAAUAGCCAUCUCUGAAUCUGGAGAAUCUUCAGAGCACCCACAUUCCAACUCUCUUUUCAGAGGCUUGCAAGUAUUAUUAGCUGACGAAGAUGAUGUGAACAGAGCUGUGACCCGGAAACUGAUUGAGAAGCUAGGUUGUUGUGUUACUACCGUUUCAUCUGGAUUUGAUUGUCUUAGCAUCAUUGGGCCGAGUACGUCUUCUUUCCAAAUUGUUCUUUUGGACCUUCAGAUGUCCGAGUUGGAUGGAUUUGAAGUUGCAUCAAGAAUCCGGAAGUUCAGAAGCCGUAGUUGGCCAUUAAUUAUUGCCCUGACAUCAAGUGCUGAUGAAGAGGUGUGGGAAAGAUGUUUACAGAUUGGAAUGAAUGGUGUCAUUCAGAAACCAGUUAUGCUUCAAGGAAUUGCAAAUGAGCUUCGAAGGGUCCUUGUGCAGGCAAACAAAGUCAUCUAACGACAUUCUGUAAGUCACACAAUUGAAGUAACCUUGAUUCUUCGGUUUUGGGGUCUGAUAGAAUAGCCAAAUAGCUUCAAAUGAGUGGCCCCCAUCCUAAAACACCCACCAGGCUUCUAGUAUAGAAAUGUUUACAUAUACAACAUUUACACCCACAUUAAUGGUAUACAAAAAUUAGCUCCUUGUCA